AUGGAAAGUCUUUCUGCGCGGCUAGUCCUCACAGCCGUUAUGGGGUUGGGUCUGGCCCUUCUCUCCCUUCCAUCCCGUCUUUCCGCUUCUCGUCCUCAUGGUAUUUGCAUGCUCAACCCCACAUUAUUCUCAUUAUGUCUUCGCUUUCAAAAAUCUGUCCCCUCCUCCGCUGCAGACCUCACACACGCCCUGACAAACAUGCGUUCUUCGUCGAACUCUGAGCCAUUAGCGUUCGAGUAUGCUGCCGCCUGGCUAAUACGUCACUCUUUCUCUGUCAAGCGACAACCUCUUUCUAAGCCGUCAAAGAACGGACCGCGUCGCGAAAACCUACUGGCCAUGUGGCGUAAUAGCGACCCUGCAAAACUCCAGGUCCUGCUGUGCACGCAUCUCGACCUUGUGCCCGGAAGUGGCCGUCCUAUAGGCACUCCGUCUCGUGAUGGCGACCGCCUUCGCGGUCGGGGAACUGUCGAUGCCCGCGGGCAAGCAGCAGGUAUGAUGCUUUCAUUAAAGGAGCUGCGGGAUAGUAGGGUUGGGCUCUUGUUAGUCUCGGGAGAGGAGACCGACCAUGCCGGCAUGCUCGCCGCCGCAGAUCUCGGCUUUGGCUCGCAUCUUAUCCUUGUCAAUGGGGAGCCAACGGAAAGCCAGCUGGGAACAGUCCAGAAGGGCAUGGCGAAAAUAUUGAUCCGAGCAAGCGGUAAAGCUGCCCAUAGCGGGUAUCCUGAGCUAGGUGAAAGCGCUGUGCAUAAACUGGUUGCUUUACUCGGUGACUUAUCGCGGGAACAAUGGCCAAAGAAGGAUGGAGAACACACUACCAUGAACGUCGGUAAGAUAGCAGGUGCACAAGGACCCCGUCCUCUCCUGUGA